UGCACGCUCUGCGCCAUGCUGUGGAUCGCCGUGACCGCCAGGAACAUCUACCAGCAGGUGACCAAGAAGGCCGUGCCGUGCCUGGGCGCGGCCCCGCCGCCGCACUCCCAGAAGCCCCUGCUCAGGCUCUACCUCAUCAGCGGCGGGGUUCCCUUCAUCAUCUGUGGAGUCACAGCUGCCACCAACAUCGGGAAUUACGGGACGGAGGAUGAGGACGCGGCAUACUGCUGGAUGGCCUGGGAGCCCAGCCUGGGCGCGUUCUACGGGCCCGCGGCCUUCAUUGCCCUGGUCACCUGCGGGUACUUCCUGGGCACCUACGUGCAGCUGCGGCGUCACCCGGAGCGCCGCUACGAGCUCCGGGAGCGGACGGAGGAGCAGCACCGGCUGGCAGGGCCAGAGGCCGGCCACAGCCCCGGGGCCCCCCCGGGGACGCCGCCUGCCGGCGUAGCCCUGGCCGCCUCGCUGCUGCAGAACGAGCACUCGCUCGAAGCCCAGCUGCGGGCCGCGGCCUUCACGCUCUUCCUGUUUGCGGCCACCUGGGCCUUCGGGGCCCUGGCUGUGGCCCAGGGCCCCCCCCUGGACAUGGCCUUCAGCUGCCUGUACGGCGCCUUCUGCGUCACCCUGGGGCUCUUUGUGCUCAUCCACCACUGCGCCAAGCGGGACGACGUCUGGCGCUGCUGGUGGGCCUGCUGCCCCUCCCGCCGGGGCCCCCAGGCCGCGGAGCUCGGCGCCCACCCCGCGCUCGACGCCAACGGGGACGCGCUGGGGCGCACCGCCUGCCUGCAGGGCCUGCCGUGCCCCGGCCAGCUGCGGGGCUUCGGGCACCCCCCGGCCGGCCGCUGCAAGAUGACCAACCUGCAGGCCUCCCAGAGCCACGUCAGCUGCCUGUCGCCGGCCACGCCCUGCUGUGCCGAAAUGCACUGCGAGCAGCUGCUGGGGGACGUGGUCCACACGCACGAGGAGGACGCCUGUGGGCACAGCCCCCUCCGGCACCGGGGCCCCCAGGGCGGGACGGAGCCGCACUACUUCAGCCGGCACCGGGCCGCCGCGGCCGAGGAGUGUGCUUACCACAUCCCAUCCAGCCUGGACGGCAGCCUCCCCAGCUCACGCACGGACAGCCCGCCCAGCUCGCUCGAGGGCCCGGCGGGGACGCAUGCCCUGGCCUGCUGCGCCCAGGGCGGCCCCUUCCCGCUGGUCAGCCAGCCCGAGGGCGGCCGCAUCAGCCCCACGCUCUACGGCUGCGCCGUGCGGCCCGGCAGGGAGGCGGCCCGCGGCCCGGCCCACUUCGAGAUGCUCCGCAGGACCCAGUCCCUGCCCUUCGGAGGCCCCAGCCAGAACGGGGUGCUCCAGGGCAGUGUGUGCAAGGCGGUGCCGUACGGAGCCGACAGCACCGGCAACAUCCGCACGGGGCCCUGGAGGAACGAGACGACUGUGUAG